UACUUAUUUAUAAUCUCUUCUGUUUCAGAUAGAAAUCCAUCACUUACUUACGAUGAGAAAAAGGAAAGGAUGGAAUUUUUCUAUGGUGGAGUGACAGGCUGAGAGCCUCUGCCACCAUGUUUGGGGCAAUGCACUAUUGCAUGUUCUGAUAAUAUGAUCUUAUUGGUUGCGACACUUCUGCUACUCAGUGCCGGAUCAGCAGGUUCCAUGCCAAAUGGUCCCGGAGUUCCAGAAAACAUCACAGUUACUUUCAUAAACCCCACAUCUGUCAAGGUGUCGUGGUCAACUUCUUUCGAGAUAGUCGAGAAAUACGAUGUCACGUACAAACCAACAGAUGCCAGUUACAGAGUGGUGGCAGUCGUCGCAGGCAAUUCAGAUGCUGUGACCUUGAGCGGACUCAAAGCGGACACUCAGUACCAGCUGACUGUCGCCGCCGUUUGGGGUGGCAGAAAAUAUAGAAGUAGGCCCAUCGUCUUCCGAACGCUGGAGCCCCCACAGUCAUCCCCCCAGCAAGACUCCCUGGCUAGCUCCACCGCGGGGUCUCCUACGUCAAGGGAGGUUCUGGAUCCGGCAAACUUGCCAGAAUAUACGCCAAAUAGCUCAACUGUGCGAGGUGUAGAAAUAGGCAUAGUUCUUUUAGUGCUACUCGUUUGGGUUGGAGCAAUCGCCUUAUUCUUCAACCGUUGGGGUAAAAUAAGAAUGCUUCUUCCCUAUCAGCCAGAUUAUAAGCAUGAACAGCUUAAAGUACCUGGUACUGCUGCGUGCGCAGCGGCAGUCGCUACGGGUAAUACAUGUAACCAUCAUGGAGAACAAACGUGUCAACAGAAUUGCAUUCACCAUUCCCGCACACAAAGACCUAGGAUGAACUCGGCCAUCUUCACAUCAUACAGUGGACCAGGAUUCGACUCCAAGGAGUUCAUGCGCAGAUACGGUUCUGUAUCAAAACUUUGCAGAAAAGCAAAAAGUGUGGAUAACAUUUCUUUAGAAGAAAAACACUUCGGCUUGCCCACACUUUCAGUAUCUGGACCAUCUCCACCUGAAGACGACGAUGCUGAAAUCGAAGAAACACAGUCCUUUCUCAAAGACGAGAAAUGAUCCACAAACAUUUUAAAUGAUAUUAGUACAUCCUGUGAGGAAUUUCAAAGAAUAUUACCCUUGGUACUAGCAAUUCAAAACGUGUAGGUACAUAAUAUUUUCUGGAAUAUCCACAAUUCAUGUCCUAACUUUAUUUCUCUUUUAUUAUCGAAUCAUCAUCAGAAUAUACUGUUUCCUCAAAUAGUUCCAGAUAUAAUUUCCAUAUUUCUAUUUGAAAAUGUUUAUUCCUAUAAAUAAAUGAAAUGUGUUUUUUUAGUUAUUAAGCGAAAAGUUUUAGAGCACUUCGAGAAAAAAUUGUAGUUUUUUUAUUGAAUUAUUACCAAAAAUGCUUGGAAAGUAAAGGCUUGAUAUUGGAAAGAAAAAAUAUGAAACCACUUGAACAUCAAUUAUAAACUCAAUAAAAAAACAAUAUCAUUCACACAAUUACUACAACGAAAUAAGAGAAGUACAACAGGUCUGUCCAAAGUAUCUUCUAUGUUGAUGAAUAAUCUAAUUUUUUUUGUUAAGAUUCAAUUUUUGCGCUAUUGCCGAAAAGGUUUUCAAGUUCGAAAUAUUUAAAGAAGAAAAUAUUUUCAUGUAAAACUUUUCACCCUUUGAUAUUUUCAUAAAUAUGUAUACCUAUAAGACAAAACAAAAAAGGGUGAUCCAACUAUUCCGGUCUUGUAAGUUCAUCCUCUGAUAAGUAUCACUCAGAGGCUUAACUUAAAAAUAUUUACUGGAAUGGUUUGUCUCCUACAAUACUAUGUCAAAUUUCAAGAUCAGUGUUACUUUUGGAUACAGAGUGUUACAGUGCUCCACUUCACGAACAAAAAAUUCAGAUGUUCAAAAUUGACUUUCAUUUCAUUAUUUUCAUAAUAACAUCCUUUCAUCAAUGAAAUAUUUUGAAAAUUGAUAUUUUUCGAAAAGGUCCGAAAACUUUGCCCCCGAAACUUUGAAUUGCCCUUUUGAGAUAAAUUUCCUGAAAGAAACACUGUUGCCUUGGAUAGUUCCAAAGAAAUCGUUUAGAAACAACAGAUGCAGUCUUUAGUUAUGCAUUCUUGUUAGGAUAUCUUCUCAUCAAGCAAUGAGUUCUUGGAAAUAAUUUCAUAGAAAAAAUUGUGCUUAUUUUAACACACAAUUAUGAAAUACUUUGUACAUUGGAAUAUAUGACCAAUAACUUUUAUUAAAAUAAUCAUUGUAGUCGGACAAAAAGUACACUGCAAAAAUUGUAAAUAACUGCUCAUUAAUUUGUUAAAAAUCAUGGCAUAAAUUUAUUACAUUUCCUGAAGAACUUUUUUCUAAGCUAUCAGUGGUUAGUAGGUUUCUUUUGUAACAACAUGAAAUAUAUCAUUAUUACAUUUCCUUUUUAAUGUAACGGACAUAUUGCAGUAUAUUGUUACACUUUUACAACGAAUUUCAUGCAAUGUAUUUAAAUGUACCUUUUAGUUUCAAACCCAUGCUUUUUUAGUAGUUUUAAAUCUUCCAUAGUCUUAUUGCUGAUUUAUUGUAAAGUUAUAUAUUUACUGUGGAUAUUCCAAAACGAUCAUCAUGAAACCAAUCUUUGAGAAUUCGCACAAUUCUGGGUUAUUUGAGGGUGGGUGACAGUUAAAACUCGCUUGUGAAUACUUUUCUACAACAUAAUUCAUUGCAUGUAUAUAUCUCACAUAUGUGAAAAGAAAUUCUUCUUGGCAAUAAGAAUUGAACACUAAUGGUGCCAAUAUGUGAAGUGAAAUCGUAAAGUGAUUUGAUUUAUCUAUGCAUCAACCGGCUAUAACUAUAUCGUAGAUUAUAACAACAUUAAUAUGAAUACCUAUUGUCUAAUUUUGAUCACUGAGAAAUUUCUAGUGUUUCAGAUCUGUUUCAGAAAUUUCCCUCCUUUAGAGAAUGGUCUUGACUCUUGACUACUAAAUUUGUGAAUAUUCAACUCUUAAAUUUACAAAUAAUAGUAAUAAUCGUUUUAUCAUUGAAAAAUAAAACAGUCUAUUCUAAAGAUUUCAUUAGAAAGAUCUUUCUGGAUGUUUAUAUCACAAUAUUUAACUUAUCAAGGCGUCUCCUGGAAUUUAACUAGCACAUACUUUUCUCAGUGAUCACACAUAUUCGCCAUAUUCGCAUAUGGGUAAGUGGUCAAACAUUUUUUAUCGAUAGAACAAUUGAAAUAAGUUACGUGCUAAAAUCGACCAAUGAAAUUUCUAUGAAUGGACUGUAUAAUACUGUAUCAAAUAUGUAAUUAAAAAUUUUAAAUUGGUUUCCCACAUCAUCCUUAAAUAUAUAAGCAUAAUGUAUCGAAAGGUUCAAGUCAUUUCUAAAGGUUUUUGAUGAAUUGAAAACAAAUUAAGACAAAAUGUAAUUAUUGUUUAGCCCAACCGUCUUCUGUUGAGGAAUUGAACCCUUUGGAUAUUCAACGAUGUGCCUUUUUUGACCAAUUAACUUUCCAACAUAAUACAUUCGAUACAGUUGCAUAUUGAAAUUAUCAGAAUAAAACGAAUACCAAACGAAAACAAAAAAAUAUCAUUUAGAUCGUGAUUUCAACUGUGGGACCAAGGAUAUAUCAAUUCAAAGCUUGAUUCAGUGAAGACUUGGAGCAAUUUUGUACUAAUAAUUCUAGAAGAGCUUCAUUGAUAGAAAACUGUUUGUUCAAUUCACCCAUCUAAUAAAAUUACAUCUACUCACUACGACUUCAUUUUCUAAUUACUAACUCUACAAAAAUAUUUAUCUUGCUCUAAUUUUGGGUAAAAAUUGGUAUAUAUAUAUAAAUAUAUGUUAUAUAUUUAGAUGUGAGACAUCCAAAUUAAGUCAAUUUUUCAGAUAUAAAGUAGAAAAUAUGUAUUAUAUCAGUUUAGUUGAAAUAAUCAUUAGAGAAUCUACAUUA